AUGGCCAAACGGAUUGUCGAGUCUAUUCAGUAUGGAGGAAUCACUUUUCCAAGCAUUGUGCAUAGUGAAGAGAGUGUUCGCUAUGCUCACCGGUGUUUCCAAGUGCGGGACAGUGAUGUCUUCGAUGUUACAUACCCCAAAUCUGGAACAACUUGGAUGCAAGAAAUUCUUACUUUGAUCUAUAGCAAUGGAGAUCCCACAUUCUCACAGUCAGUCCCUUGUUGGGAACGGGUGCCCUGGGUUGAACACAAGACAGCAGCCCAGUACUUGGAGAACCGACCCUCCCCUCGUCUCAUUACCUCUCAUUUGCCUGCAACAAUCUUUCCAGAAAAGUUCUUCUCUUCGCAAGCUAAGGCUAUUUACACUGUCCGUGACCCCAAGGAUGUCUGUGUAUCACUCUACCAUUAUGCCAAGAUGUCUUCAUUUCUGGAGUUUAGAGAGGAUUUGGAGAAUUUAUUGAGCUGUUUUCAGCAGGGAAACGUAUUUCUCUUUGGCACCUGGUUUGAUCAUGUCAAAAGCUGGUUGGCUUACAAAAAUGAGAAGAAGUUUCUCCUUCUGGUCUAUGAUGACUUGCUAAAGGAUCUACGUGGCAGCGUUCUUCGCAUCUGUGAAUUCCUAGGCAAGAAUUUGGAUCCUGCUGCUGUUGACUCAGUGGUGGAAAAUGCUUCCUUUGGAGUGAUGAAGAGCAACAAGAUGGUGAAUUACACCAUAGUUCCUGAAGAAGUGAUGGACCAAAAGAUCAGCACUUUCCUCAGGAAGGGAGUUUCUGGGGACUGGAAAACUCACUUUACUGAAGAGCAAAGUGUUGCUUUCCACCAGCUCUACCAGGAAAAUAUGAGUGGUCUAGAGACCAACUUUCCUUGGGAGGAAUUUCAAGCUGAAAACCAUCAGGAAAUUUGA